AGUGUAAUUGUACUUCAUUCAGCCGGGGAAGUGUGUGUCUUGUUGUGUUAUUGUACUUCAUUCAGCAGCUUAUAUGCGACCAGUGAAGGGGGUAGGACUUGACAAAAUUGUGUGGUCAACACUCAAUUUGCAGUAAACUGACUGAUAGAGAAAGCGAUGCCGUUAAAAUAUACGGCCAGUUUUAACCGUACCUCUGAUCUUAAUGGUAAAGUUUCAGUGUGAGACGUUACUUGGUUGGGAAUAUUUGUACUUUAACCACGUGACGACCUCACAUGUAGGCUCCUAUCAUACUGCUGAGGGAUGUAGUAUUCUCACCGUUUAAAUGGGCACGCACUAUAGACCCACAUUCUUUACAAAGAAGUUAAAGGAGGGGUGGGGUGGGGAGAGACUUGCCUGAGUGGGAGCUGUACACAUCCCCCCUCUAUCCACCCGUAAAGAGAUGCUUGAAAGAAACAAUGUUCUUUCUUAAUAAUAACUAACGUACCCUGAUGUUUUCUAGCGGUUAGCAUUGAUGAUCCAUGUGCCAGAAGGGAUGAUACAACCUACAGCUAUAAUACAUAAAGAAUUAUUAAAAUAUUUAGCCUUUAUAAAUUGGUUGAAACAAAACAUGCUAGCUACGAGGUACACAUUAAAUAACUUAUGUACCUAUAGACGACUACAAUUAUAUAUAACAUUAAUGGACACCAGCGAGAAAAGUCUCAAAGGUAUUUGAGAGGUGUAUAAAUUCAUUAAAAAAUCAUGCACAGCGUAUUUACAAUUAAUAUGGUUAUAAAAUCCUGCCUGUCUGGUUUUUUUCGGACUUUACUAAAGAUUGGAUGUAUUUGAUGUUUAUAAUAUUUUCGGUAACUAAAUAAAAAUUAAAAAAAAAGCAAAAACAAUUUGGUUUUCACGUGUAAUGGCGACAUAAACAUGGCAUCCUGCUAUUGGAUAGGCUGCCAUAGAUUUUAUUGUACACAUUGUAAGCUAAAAAUAGAAAACUAGGUCAUGGGGUUUUAAAUUUGCAUUGUAAUUUAAAAACUUGAUCUGCAAAGUUUUGUAAACAAAUAGUUAUCGAUUACUAAGUUACUGUACAGCCAAUCAAUAUUUGUCUUACGAAAGUGAAACAUCCGGUUAUAACUUAGGCUUGAUGAAAAUAAAUAGAAAUGUAGCCUUAAACUCAACAAAUUAUUUUCAAGUUCUCUGGAUUUGCAACUUUUAUAGCAUUUAUUCUAAGAAUAUAAAAUUUCUAAAUUAAUUUUAGGCUUAAGUUUUUAUUUUUUAUUUUUUUUUUACGGUCUAAAUCUAAAAAGCACGUUUUUAUUCCAUGACAACAACAUUAUGGAAGGAAUCUCGUCAACUCGCUCGCCUCCAUUCAAUAUUUAUUAAUAGCAGACGAAACAUUGAAUUCAACACACAAUCGUCAGUAGAUUUAAAUGUGGCAAUUAAAACUUGUGAAAUCGACGCCCCAAAAGUAAUCGAGUACUGUCAUCAAUAACGCUAGGUUUAGAUUAAUAAAUAAAAGUAAUGUAUGUUUUGUAGAUAGUUUUUAUAUCUGGCAUUUAUUUAUCAAAUUAUCCUAAUUUGCAAUCAAACUUUGAGUAGUUAUAACUUGAUAAAUAUGUUCGUGUCUUUUUAUAGAUACUAUAAUAUUUAUAAAAAGGAGCAAUCAUAUGUAGCAGACGUUCUCACUUCCUUGGUCGCCCGAUUUGUUUUAAUGGAGCUGCUUUCAACUCUCGGAUUUUUUGUUUCCAAGGUUUAGCGGACACUUGUGAGUGACAGCUAGUGAAUAUCCCAACAUUUGUAUCAAAAUUAAUCAGUAAAACAGACCAUGAAAACCCCAAACAAAGUGAGAGAAAGAAAAUUGGAGCCAUCAAGUACACCUGAAGAUGUGCCAUACUGUGAGAGCCCAAGUAAAGUUAACAAAAGUGACCAAACAGGUGUCUUUAUUGCAGGAAAUCACGAAGCUGAGAUGUGCUAUGGAGGAGAAGCUGAUCUACACAAACAUGUUACUGACUGUAAGAAGAAUCCAGGUCACAAAGGUUUUAUACCUCUUAAAGAUUUUAACGCAAGUUGUCUCCCCUCACGAUACCAUGACGACGACCUCAUGUCUGAGACAAUCAAAACAUUGGGAGCCCUAACUGUCCAGGUAAAGACUAAAUUCACAAGUCGAGAGAGACCAGAGUUUUACCCAGGCACUCAAGUUCCAUAUCCAUUUUAUAAUGACAGAGGAAGUCACGUGAUGAGGUUAGGGACUGGCAGAGCGAAAUGGGUUUUUAAAUACAUAGAGAGAGAUGGAACUUGUCGUUGUGCCAAGUGUCAAGUCUCUGCCAAACCCAGUAAAAUCUGGGGAGAGCUUCGUGUAGUAACAGCUACACAUGUGGUGUUUGAUGACAGUGAGGCGAGACAGACCAGGUGUGUUUUAGGUUUUGAUGACAAUAAAAGUCCAGUGGUCAGUCUUGAUGGCUGGGAGGUGUGGAGGGCAGACAUAGAAGGAGACAGGUGUAAGUUGAGUUAUGUGACAUGUGACUUAGAGCUGGUUGAUGAAUUGGACAAGAUGUGUCGUUACUUUUAUGAUAUAUGUAGGGUGGUAAAUAACAAAUACGGAAAACAUGAUAAUGUGGACAAGUUGGCUGUUAUAGUGUCACAUCCUCAUGGAUGUCCUAAACAGGUCUCUGUAGGACAAUGGACACACAAACAUAUGAAGGAUGGCUAUAGGACCAGGUACUGGUACACAACAUGUACAUGUCCAGGUUCCAGUGGGGCGACUGUCUACACUUUGGAAUAUGACUGUUCAUGGGACUAUCAACAUCCCCACAGUGGAUCAAACUUUGAAGGAAAUUAUAGUGGGGAGUAUUGAAACUAGAGUUAUGUUAUAUUUUGUUUGCAAUAGUUACGACCCUUUUAUUAUUAGUUCUCAUAGUUAUGCUUAUUUGAAUAUUCAGUCUCCGUGUUCUGUGUCAGAGUUUACUAUGUUAUCGUAAAAACAACUAGGAAUGUAGCUAGAGAUAGCAAGAGUGGUCGGAAUUCUCUUGUAUAAAUAAUAAAGUACUGAAGUCAACUUAAAAAGUCUCCUGUUUAUAAGAAAUCGGCAACAGUUUAGUAUACAAUACAGGCUGUUGAUAUCGAGAGUACUUGCUAUAUUAGAACAAUGGGAACUACCCGAAUAGCUGAACGAAGGGUACACAACAGGCUACAAGUCGACCCGACAACAGAGUGGUUGAAAGUUGGAGGCUCAUGAAACAUAAUUAUGUGGCGUAACUACUGUAUUAUAGCAUGCAUCAAUGAAGAAGAUGAUAUGCAUUUUAUUUGAGAGUUAGUAGUUAUUGCGCUCGGCGCUUAGGUGUUGGAGACAUAUAAUGACAUAAAUAUGACAGAACAAUCUAAAAUAAGUAAAAUCAUCAAUGAAUUUUGCAAGAUUACAUUUAAUUGAUUAAAACAAAUCUUUUGAUUCAUUUGAACCGUUUAACAGUUAAAAUCUACUAAAAUGUAUUUUUCGCACUUUUUAAAUGUUAUAAUGUUGUAAAUAUUUUGUCUGUAACAAAUGUCGGCAAAAUUCUUGUUCUAGCCUUACCAUAAAUUUUAAUUUUACAAAUUACAUUUCUUGCUCUCUUUAUUUGUUUACAAAAUUAUUACAUACUAGAAAACAAGUGCCCAAGAUAAAAUUUAUUUGUUUUGUUGUUAAUUUCAUUUUUAUGGACUAAUUAAAUUUAGCAAAUUGUUAUCAAACAACUUUUUGAUACUGAUAUUGGUAUUACCGUCAUGCUGUCAGUGUUUUUAAAACAUUCCCAAUUCAAUGUAACGACAAGGCCGACAUGUAGCCUAUAUAAUGAUAAAUACAUGUCUAGUAAUGAUCUAUUUCAAUGAAGUUGAAGUUCAAAUAAACUUAACUGAUACCAGACACAACAGUUAAGAUCUACAUCUUGUGUUGUCCUACUCCAAUAGAAAUGUUAAGUGAGAUCGGAGUUUGUCCCUCUGAUAGACUGACACUUGUGUAAACAUUUUCUUUAUUCUUAUUUCUUCUAAAUACUUUCACCAACUGGUGAUAGAACACUCGCAUGUUGAAAUGUAAAUCUCUCGUUCCUGAGUCCAUCCAGCUCUAAUGGGUAGCUGAAUUUAAAUCGGGUAAUUAAAACGUGGCAUAAUUUAAACAUGUCAUGUUCAAAGAAAUAGAUAAACUCUAUUUCAUCUGCCAGAUUGACAAUCAAAUUUUAAAGAAAAUUUAACUUACUUGGAUUUUAUGGCAAAUCUUGGUAAAUAUUUGUAACAUUAGAAACAACGGUUCAUUAUGCAUCAAAAUAGCUCAAAAAUAUAUUCAAAAAAUGUAAAGAUUAUAUGGGCAUUUUUUAGUUAUAGAAUAUAUUUUAGGGCUAUUUUGAUGCAUGUAAUAUUGUUCAAAGUUAUUGCAUGCUAUCCAGAAAAGAUUCCAGACAUAUGGUCUGAAAGCAAGGUUAAUUCUUUAUUUCAUAAGUUGAAAACUAAAAAAAUUAUCCCAAAAAAAAACCGUUGACAGUCAAAGGGAAGAAACAAUGAAAAUAUUUUAAUAGAAAAGAAUUUCAUGAUUAUCUUUCUUUUUUCCUCUUUCUGUCAAUAGUUAAUGUAGUAAAUUUCUCUAUAUUCAGCAAAGGAAGAUGUUAUCCUCUA